AUGACACUCUUUGAAAAGAUAUACAUGGAAUCAUUGCGAGAUAUGACAUACACUCCAUUACUCGCGUUUUUCUAUCACUGGGGAAUCGGAAAUAAAUUGGCGGAUGUUUUGACGUUGGCUUUGGACCGUUAA